AUGUCGCCCAUGUCGCCGAUGUCGCCGAUGUCACCCAUGUCGCCGUCAGUCGAAAGCAGCGGGGAGGAGGAGGAGCAGCCACGCUGGUGCGGACAUCGCCGAAGUCACAUCAUUCUCUACGUUGUGGUGACGAUCGCAGCGGUGGUCCUCUACGUCGCUGGCGUCAUGCCCAGCCAACCCAAGGAGGUGGAGCCGGCGGUGAUCCCGAAACCGGCCGUCAAACACAAGGUCGCCAUGUCAGCGGAGGAGCUGCCAAGCAAGUCCGAUGAAGAGAUCGAGCCUGAGGAGAAUUCGCCGCUUUUCAAUAUGCUCCCAGAGAAGGUACAGGAUUGGUACUUCAAAGAGCAACUUGGCAUUGUUGGGCAGCUGGAGAAGAAGACCAAGGUCUCCUACUACGAUAGCCCUCAUCACUUGGUGCGAGGAAGCAUGGGUCAAUUUUUGAAGGCCCAAGAGGAAGCAGCUCGCGAGGGCUAG